UUGUUACAGUCAUGGCUCUAACAGGUGAAGCCAAAAAUUUAAUUUUUCUCCGGCACACAAAAGCAUCAGCAAACCUGUUGCUCAUAUUUUCCGUACAUGAUAAAAUCUGUUUAUAAUAGUGAUAAAAACGCAUAUGACAUGUAGUUACGAGUCUUUACUGAGAUAGCACUAUGUAGUCUGAAUAUUUAUGCUCUCAUUAUUUUUGACUCCGAACGUUAGUCUCUUAAUCUGCAUGCUCGUAAGUCCAGAUGAAAGGUAGGGAGACAAACAUGACAUUACUUUGGAUUUCUUUGGUAACUGGAUCUGUGACUAUACAUCUGUAGUUAAGUUGGAUAAUUUCCCACUGGUUCAUCUCGUUUUUCUUAUGGUUUGGAUUUCAUCAGAAGCACAAAUAAUACAAAACUAUAAGCAUAGGUCCGUGUAUAGAAUUGUACAGUAUUUGCAUAUGUCUAUAAUUGUCUUCUAAUUCACUCUAAUUUCAAAUGACGCAUCUUUAUUUUAGAAAUAUUUAAAAAUCUGGGAUCACUCUGUAGAACGGAUUUCCGAGAAAUGAUCGCAGCUGAUAUAAAUAUUUUGCAAUCAAAGUUUACCACCCUCUUCAAAACCUCUAGAAAUCGAGUGCAUUUAGCAUUUUUGCAACAGUUUAGCAAUGCCGUUAAUUCAUUCCAACAUGAAUACCAGUCAGUAUUAAAAGAAUUCGAAUUGAGAACAAUAAACUUCUUGGUGGUCAGAAAUGUGCACAAAUGUUCAUGUAAUACGAAAAUUGGUUUAUGGAUUGAAGAAAUAAAUGAUUUUAUCUAUAAAUUUGAAGACUUAAAAAGGUCUCUUGCUAUUCUACAAAGUAUUUUUGAAUCGUCAUGCAGGCUUGUAUAUCAUGUGUACCAUGAUAAUCAUUUUUCAUUUGAAUACGCUCAAGAUGAAAAACUGACGUAUCUAUUAGACAGAUUGAAAAGCCUGACAGGAUGGUUAAAUCUGGCAGCUACGGGGAAUGAUAAUUCUAAGCCGACUGGAGUCAAUGCACACGAUGUUAAAUAUCGUUUUAAGUAUUCGACUUUGAUAGAAGCCUUAGAUUUACAUCGUGAUUGUUACCAGUCCUCCUACUGUCCAAUACCAAUUAAUGAAAAGUGUCUGUCGAUACAGAAUUUACAAUGUGUUCAUUACACUGAUAGGAUAAAUCAAGAUAUACAAAGAACAUGGAAUUUACUAUGUGACUGCUAUUGGUUAGUAUUAACAUCCAAAUUAUCCGAAAUGAAUGCUUAUUUAUCAAAUAUCAACAGUGAAUGGACUGAAAAGAAUGUUGUAAGUGAAUGAUUUUUAAAAGUUUUUUUCUUUUUUUGAGAAAUUUUAUUUCCCAGGACAUCUAAUUAUGAUAACUAAUUGCUUUUGAACAGACACCUGAUCUGUUUGUGUAUUAAAUAGAACAAAGUUAGGAGAUGAAAAUCAAAAAGUUGACAGAAGAAACUGGCGAAGUGGAUACGAUUUCAAGUAUACAUAGAAAGGGUGGAGAUGAUGAAGAUACCUAACUAACUAACGAACUGUAACAGCAACAGCUAACGGAAUAAACUUGGACAAAGCCACACUCUUUAUUUCAACUUUGAGAGACGCAGAUGAGGAUGUCAAAACUAGUCUGAAUCAGAAAGGAAAGGUAAACUUUCAUUUAUCAAUCUGUAGUCAAUUUGGAAAUCUGCUGCACUCCACAGUAUGAAGAACAAGAUUUCCAACACCACUGUUUAGCCAGUUUUUCUAUAUGAGUCACUGGCUCCACAUUGAAUAUCAGAUGGCCGAC